AGUAACACGUGUUUUUCUAACGGCUGGUGUCUAUUUCGCGUUACAAAUAUUCUCACUUUUAUAAUAAACUCAACAAAAUAAAGACGUAUUUUAAGUUUUGUACGGUUAUUGACCGCGAUUACUCCGAUCUUCUGACGUAUAUAUAUUGUGAAUAAAAUGGAUAAAUAUAUUGGUAUAAAAUACAAAUUAAAGAGUUCGGAUAAUUUCGAGGAAUAUCUCAAAUUUAUUGAGGUGGGCUUAUUAUCUCGUAAGCUUGUGACUUCUCUGUACCCUGUCUGCGUGUUGACGAAGAAUGAAGACGGCUCUUAUUCCCUAACUAUGAUUACCGCUAUACGAAAAGUAGUUACGACGUUUCAACUUGGCGAAGAGUUUAUUGAAGAUAGACCUGAUGGUGUCAAGGUUAAGUCGGUGAUGCACGUAGAAGGCGACAGUCUUGUUCAAGUACAAACAGAACAAAACGGUAGAAAAUCCACACACAUCAGAAAGUUCACUGACAACCAACUCACUGUGACAACAACAGCAGAAGGAUGGAACGGAACGUGUGUUCGAAUAUAUGAAUUAGUUAAAUAAGUUUAUUUCGGUGUGAACUGUGAAACAUCGAUUGGUACACCUUUGGAGUAAGAGCGGUUCGUAUAUCGUGACGGCAAACGGCAUGAUUAUUUAUUAACUUAUUGCCGUAGCUCUGCACUCACUCGUGUGUGUAGCACGUAAAAUAUAAAUACUUUAUUUUCAUAUAUAAUAAUAAUAAGAAAAUUAUAUUUAUUUUUUUAAUGAAA